AUGGCGGCCGCGGGCUGGGCGCCCACCCACGUACGGGUGACGGUGCUGCGGGCGCGGGGGCUGCGCUCCAAGGCGGCGGCGGGCGGCAGCGACGCGUACGCGGUGAUGGCGCUGGGCCGCGACAAGUUCCGCACGUCGGAGGCCACGUUCGAGCUGCCGGCGCGGCCCGCCGCCCUGCGCCUCACGGUGCUGCACCGAGCCCUGGCCGGAGCCGACAAGUUCCUGGGCCGCGCCGAGGUGGAGCUGGCGGCGCUGAGGGACGACGGCGGCCGGCGGCACAGCAGGUGGUACAAGCUUCGCUCCAAACCAGGGAAGAAGGAAAAGGAGAGAGGGGAGAUCGAGGUGGAUAUCCAGUUCAUGAGGAGUAACAUGACAGCCAGCAUGUUUGAUCUGUCCAUGAAGGACAAGCCCCGCUCUCCCUUUGGGAAGCUCAAAGACAAGCUCAAGGGCAAGAGGAGCAGCGGCCUCUCGGACACGGCUUCGGCGAUCGUCCCCAGCACCUCCCACUCCCCUGCCGACAGCGAGGAUGAGGCAGUCGAGAAGGAGAAGAAGAAAUCCAAGUUCAAAGCGCUGUUCUCCAAGCCUGGCCUGCAGAAGACAUCCCUGUCCCAGUCCAUGUCUGUGCUGCCCACUCAGCAGCCCCUCACCCAGAGGGUUCGGCUGCGACCCAGUGACUUCCAGGCGCAGUGGGAUGAGGAGGAGUCUGAGACCUCUCCUGCCUCAGAACGAUCCUUUGAAAAUGCGUUGGAAGAGAAGCCAGCUCCUUCUCCAUUGUUUAAAUCUCGUAAACCAGCCUUUUUGGACAGUAGGCAGCUAAGCCAAGGAAGCUCUAACCACACCAAAAAGGAUGGGCUCUCUUUGUUCAGUGGCCUUAAAUCCAAAAGCGAUCCUGUGUCCAAGUCUAGUCUGUGCAUCAAUGGCAGUCACGUCUAUAUGGAAGAGACCACAACCAAGGACAAGACUCCAGCCUCGUCCCCCUCUCCUCACAACCUCAGGAGGAAACAGCUCUUUGCUUCAGAGGAGAACCUGUCCUCCAGGCCCACUAAAUCACCUGAAGAGAUGGGAAGAACCUCUCCUGGUCAGGCUGUCUCCGGGUCCACGUCCUUGGAGACUUUCAAAUCCAUGACUUUGCCGUCAUACAAACUGCUCAGCAGUGAGGAGCACCUGGACACCAGCAUUCCACCAAGCAUAGAGGCUGUUAGAGAGACAAAAAAAACAGACCACAAAAAGUCUGCCUUGCUCUCCCUGGUCACUGGGAAGAAGGAAAUGGUGAAGACUGGCGAUGCUGAGAUUAUUCCUGACAGGACCCUGCAGAGUGAGGAAAAUACAAUUCCAGAAGAGAAGAGUGAAGAGGAGGCCAAAUGCCCUGAAGUCCCAGCAGAUUUGGGCAGAGGGAGCCCGUCAGGAGAUGCUCACCAUGCAGAGGUGGAGGAGGCCAUCACAAACAAGCAGCUGCUCAGCCCUUUUGAGGAGGAACGGAAACCUGAGAAAGCUGCACCAGCCAAGACCAAAGCUGUGAAACCCAGACUCCAUCCUGUGAAGCCAAUGAAUGCCAUGGCAAACAAGCCUCAGAGCAAGAACCUGAAUGUCAUCAGCACCAUGAAUGAAAAGCUGCUGGAAAUGAGUGUGAAGAAAUACGAUCCCUCAGACCCUGCCUAUGCCUAUGCUCAGCUGACACACGAUGAGCUGAUCCAGCUGGUGCUGAAACAGAAGGAUACCAUUACCAGGAAGGACCUCCAGGUGCGGGAGCUCGAGGACUACAUCGACAACCUGCUUGUCAGAGUCAUGGAAGAAACCCCAAACAUCCUCCGUGUUUCCAUGUCUGGCAACAGAAAAGCUGGGAAGAUGUGAAGGGUCUGGGGGUGUUGGUGAGCAAGGACUGAAUUCCCCCAGAGGAGGGUGAGGAGCUGGUGGUGCCGGUUGUGCUGCUCACACAAAAUGACCUUUUUCCUGUUUCUGCCUUGAGCAACUCUUGGAGUGAUUAAUAGUUCCAUCAGGUGUUGUAAUGAACUCGCCUUAUCAUAUUUAUUUUUUGUUUUCUUCCCAUUCUUUGGGAAGAUCAGGCAUUAAUCCAAAGGCUAGUUGAGAUGGGAAGGAGGAGGGUUUUUGAUGUGUUUUGCUUCCCAGCAAGGCGCUGAUGAUCCUUUAGGAAGAUUUUUUAAAAUGGUUUUGUUUUGUAGCAGCUUUGAUAGAUCAGUUACUUUUCUUUCCACAUCUGAGGUUGUAGUGCAAUAUAAAUCCUUGUACAGUAGAGCUCGAGGAUUUGAUUGUUUUUAAAAUAAUAAUUAGCUACACUGGAGAAGCCCAAAGAUGUCCCAGCUUCAGGCCUGGACUGUAACUUUAAAGGAAUUAAUUGAAAGUUGACCAUAAGUUGACCAAAUCUCAGUUCAUCUCCCCAUGUGGAUAUUCCCAAGAGUCCUUCAAGGGAAAGUUUACAGGUUUUUAGGAGGAGACAUUGAGGUUCACAGGACGUUUCUACCAUAGGAAUGGAAUCAAUCAGUUUGGGCCAAAGGUACAUUUUAAAUCAGAAGUUGUUCUCUUAGUGUCUUAAAAUUUCUGCUCUGGAGGUUGUUCAGAGGAGGCAGAGGCUCCCCUGGCUUUGCCCCGUGCUCUGGAGCAGGGCUGGCUCUCACAUCUUUGUGGGAGUUCUGUGACCAUUUCCUUUUUACCCUGCAUUCAGGAAACAGAAGUACUUUGUGUUUUGGAGCUGGGGCUCACCUUGAAGGGCCCUGCAAGGUGAUCAGUCUUGCAGUGCUUUUUCCUGUCACUCCAGAGAGGGGAGGGAGUGCUGGGGCUCCCACCUGCUCUGGUUCCUUGCUGCUCGCAGUGUAGCUGAGGGCUGCUGGGCACUGCAGAGCUCCCUGGGUGUCUGGGUGGCUGCAGGGAUGUUCUCCCCAUCGUCAGCCAGCAGGAACAGCUCACUGCUGCUGAGCUGCCACCACAGCUGCCCCCACUGGAAACUACAGGGGGCUUUAUUUUGGUGAGCUCUUGGCAAAGAUCAAAACAAUCAGACGCCUUUCUGCACCUCUGGGAUUUACCAGGGUAGACAGAGUCCGUAAAAGGCUUAGAGGGAAGUUGGAAAGAGCAGGAAGCAAAGGACCAAAGCUUCAUAAGGACCAAAGCUUAAAACUUUCCAGCCUUAAUUCUUUGGAAAUAAACACUCCUACCUUUGGAAACUGUUGGGGUUUUGGGUCACUCCUGGCUCAGGGGUGAGUUCCUAACUCGGUUUUUCUACAGCAAAGCACUUUAUUGAGGGACUGGAGUGGCUGGAUGGACUCUCACCUGUGAGCAGUCUGCUUACAAUUGUCAUAAACCACUGGAAACUACUGGAGAUCUCAAAUACUGUAUUUCUUUAGGGAGGAGCAGCUUAAUUUAUUUGCACAGAGAUGUAAACAUUUAUUAGAAAAAAUCCAAGAAACUCUGUUAAUAACAUUUUUAUUCUGACCUAUUGCUGCUACCAAAGUCUGGAACUUUCCUGGCAGAGCUGUAUCUCAUGGGCAGCCUGACCUCAAACAAGCCUUAGGAGCUGAGAGUCUUGCAAGACUUCAGGUACUUUUAUCUCAUUUUAGUGUUACUUGAGCAGCGAGGGCCUUCUCUCUCCUCUCCUGUCCCCUCUGCUCUGAACGAAGGCUCUGAAGGUGGCCUUGGUGGAGGUGCUGGUUUGAUUCUGGGUGCUGCUGCUGCCUCUUGUGCCUUCUCGAGCGAGGAAGAUGAAGGAUUGAUUGUUUCCUCCUCGUGCCUCUGUGGAUCUCUGGACAGAGGAUCCCACACCUCUCUGAUAAACUUGCAUUUUAGACUGUCUUCCGCUGGGAAGAGUGACCUGCACAGAACCAAAGCAAUAAACAAUAUUAGCAGAGAUAAAGCCUUAAAACUUGGAGUAGGCUCCCCUGGCAGCCUUUUUGUGCCCUGGGUGGCUGCGCUGGGGCAUCCUCAUCCUCGCCUUCCUCAGCCCCAAAAGCAUCACCCCACCCUCAUAACUCCAUUUUAUUGGCAAUACUCGUUAAAGCCUUCCUCUGGUGUGAGGGGACUGGCAUUUUACAUCCUCAAGGGCCUUAAGAAUCAAAUGUAUUGUUUUAUUAUUGAAGGAUCUGACUGCGUGUUCCCUGUUUUUACUCUCUGCUUUUAGCCCAGGGUUACUGUUUGUUUUUAAACAGCUUUUGCUUUUAUGGAACACUAAA